AAGACCCAGUACCCUGGAAACAGGAGUCCAGAGCAGGCUGUAAUUGUGGGCUUACAGAGAGUGCCAGGAAGGCUUGGAGAGACGUCUGCAUUCCCCACACAGGACAGAUUAAAUUUAUAAGCUUUAAUGAGACUCACAGUUCCUGUGUUCCCGUCUUACUGUCCCACCCUCGGUUGAGAGCCAGCUGCUCCCUGGGAACAACUUCACCAACGAGUGCAACAUCCCAGGUAACUUCAUGUGCAGCAACGGGCGGUGCAUCCCGGGCGCCUGGCAGUGUGAUGGGCUGCCGGACUGCUUCGACAAGAGUGACGAGAAGGAAUGCCCCAAAGCAAAAUCGAAAUGUGGCCCGACUUUCUUCCCCUGUGCCAGCGGCAUCCACUGCAUCAUCGGCCGCUUCCGUUGCAAUGGAUUUGAGGACUGUCCCGAUGGCAGCGACGAGGAGAACUGCACAGCGAACCCUCUGCUCUGCUCGACAGCCCGCUACCACUGCAGGAAUGGCCUGUGCAUUGACAAGAGCUUCAUCUGCGAUGGGCAGAAUAACUGCCAGGACAACAGUGACGAGGAGAGCUGCGAGAGUUCUCUAGAGCCGGGCAGUGGGCAGGUGCUUGUGACCGCGGAGAACCAGCUCCUGUACUACCCCAGCAUCACGUACGCCAUCAUCGGCAGCUCGGUCAUCUUCGUGCUGGUGGUGGCCCUGUUGGCGCUGGUCCUGCAUCACCAGCGGAAGCGAAACAACCUCAUGACUCUGCCCGUGCACCGGCUGCAGCACCCUGUGCUGCUCUCUCGCCUGGUGGUCCUGGACCACCCACACCACUGCAACGUCACCUACAAUGUCAAUAAUGGUGUGCAGUAUGUGGCUACCCAGGCUGAACAAAACGCCUCCGAAGUGGGCUCUCCUCCCUCCUAUUCAGAGGCCCUGCUGGACCAAAGACCUGCGUGGUAUGACCUUCCUCCACCACCCUAUUCAUCCGACACCGAGUCUCUGAACCAAGCUGACCUCCCUCCUUACCGCUCACGGUCAGGAAGUGCCUACAGUGCCAGCUCCCAGGCAGCCAGCAGCCUCCUGAGUGUGGAAGGGAGUGGCCACAGCCCAGAGCAGACUGGCCCUCCAGAGGGCACUGCUGAACCCAGAGACUCUGUGCCCAGUCAGGGCACUGACGAAGUAUAAAAUCCAGCGAUUCCAAAGUCCAUAUGGGUAGAUCCUCUCCAACUUGUUGAAUUCUGUCAGACUGUGCUCAUGGGACACUCUUUGAGCUCAUUUUGAGGAGAUCUCUAGUUGAAGUUUUGGGGUGCCGACUGCACCUUCUCCAGAUUUCAGGGAUGUUCUUUGGAAUGACCUGGCACUCCUCCAGCCACUUAGUUAACAGGAUGCUUUGCCAUCUUUCUCUGUACAGUCACUGUUCCUUCAGGGCCUGUGAUUAACAGACUCAUGCUUCAGAUGACUGUGCUAUUGUUGGUCCAUCCCAGUAGUCUUGGGCAGGCAGCAGGGUGAAGCCAUGUGUAAAUAGUCUUUGGCAGGGUUCUAGGGCCAUGCUGCACAUUCAGGAGGUCAGAAGACAUCAGACCAGAGUUUAUUGAGCUGCCACCUUGUAGAUAUAUUUGGAGGAUUCUUACAAAAGGCAGUUAUUGGAUGGCCACUCCAAGAAGUGUCCAGGAGAAAAUCAAAUCCCACUUUGUACUCCCCUAUGCAUUGAUCCUACUUCAGCAGAGGCCAAAGAAAAACUCUUGACAUGAGCAACAGCUUUCAACUCUCAAAACUCUAGUUUGGUUUUCAGAAACCUCCAACCUGGCCUUAUAAAUUUGCAUAAGAUUUCUCAUCUUGAGAGCUUUCUAUAUGUGCAGAUCCUCUGCAGCAUCCCUGAAUAAGUUGGAAACCCUUGCCAUGUGGUUUUAGCGCCUGAUGUGUAGGUUAACAGAGUCUGGUCCUGCCUUGGCCCCAUAACUCUUUUCCUGCCUUCUGGAUUGUCCGCUUCCAAGAUGACCUGCCAUAGCUAAGGAUAAGGACCCAAAUUACGUUGGCCAAAAUCCUGAUCUAACCCUUUGCCCCAGGAAAGCAGGCCCAGCCUGACGUGUUGUUCAUCCAUGCAGCUUCCUUGAUAAGCUUCUAAGUUCCGUCAACACCCAGGAGCCUGUUUUCCAUUUGGACUUAAGGACACAUGUUUUUCCUAAUUUACAUGAGAACCACGUUCAGUGCCACCCGUGAGAACUCUCAGGUCCCUGUACCACACACACAGCCCCCAGGAACAGUGCACCAAGUCAGGGUUAGGGUUAGAGGGAGGGUCAGGCUGGCCAGACUUCUGGCAGUUUCUCCUGAGAGAAGCGAGCAAUAGAUAACUUGGAGUCAAGAUUUCCCAUUGGAUUUUUUUUUUUAAAGUCUCUUAGAAAUGCAUUUGAAACAGUGUGUUUGUUUUUUCCCUUCUAGUUAAGGGACUAUUUAUGUGUGUAUAGGAAAGCUAUCUCUUUGGUUUUCUUGUUUCUCUUUUGAUGAGGCCCAAAGAAAGAUGCAAAAAGAAAUGCAGCCUUUCCCCAGCCCUAUCCCAUAAUGUCACCUCAGACUCACAUACACACCAAGCAUCUGCACUGGGGCAUCCUGGAGUCACUAUUUAUUGAGCUACUGAAACGCGCAGAGGCAAGUCCUCCAUCCAUUUUCUGUAUGUUUGGAUUACCUUUCCUCUCUCUCAAUGUCCAGCCAGCCCUAGUGCAUGCUGCCACCACGCACCCCAGCCAACCAGGCAGUGAUGGGUAAACCAUACUAACUAGGGACAAAACUGGAACCAGAUGGUGCCACCUCAGGCAGCCGCCACCCAUUCAAAGCAUUUUCCCAUGAAAAGCUAACGAAAGUUUCACUAACCUGUUGGAUGCUAAUUAAAAGGGAACCUGCAGGGAGCAGGGAUGAAGUGGCCUUCCGUGAUGCUGGACUGACUUCCUUUUUAACCAAAUCCAAACUAGACUGCAGGAAAGAUAGCUAGCCACGUGGGGUUUGGUUUGGUUUUAGUUUUGUGUAAAUAAGCCUAGAUGUUUGUUUCUUUCAUUUUAAAAAAUAGAACUUGAGUUGUUUUAUUUGUGGGGUGUGUGUGUGUGUGUGUGUGUGUGUGUGUGUAACCCAAUGAAGAAAGAACCUGGGUGGCAGACAGCUUUUCUGGCUGCACAUCUCAUCCCAGUGAGUCAGUGUGGCUCUUCCUCCCUCUGAUGAGCCCCUGCUUCUUUUUGGUGCUAUGAAAGUUGUCUGGAGGAAAGGAUUCUAGUUUUAAUUAAUUGUGCAGUGAGCUAAUCUCCUGAGCUUUUCUGCUUCAAGGCAUUUUAGGAAAGACAAAUGGUUUUAGUAGAUAAGGAAAGCCUAUUAAUGUUGGUUUUUUUGUUUUGUUUUGUUUUUGUUUCCAAACAAACACAGGAACAUUUUUUACUAUAGAUUUGGUUUUUAAUGGAUUUUUAAAAAUAAUAAUGAUAAAUAAGAUAGCAAAGCUCUGGGACUUGGGGUUUUUUUCCCCCUAUUUUUUUUUCAAGAUAUCAAGUAAGUGGCUAGCAAUAUUUUUUUUAAAUUCAUUCCAGUCAGGAUUUUUUAAAUACUAUAUUGCCUAAUUCACACCAGCCAGAAAAAUGCCUCUCCUCCAUUGUCUCUCCUCCAGUGAGGUCAGCACUUCAUUUUGACACUACACUCGAUUCACUGUGGUUGGAACUCACUGCCUAACUUAACUCCUUCUACCUUGUAAUUGAUGAUUUUUUUGAAAUGCAACUAAGAUAUUAAUAAAUAGCGUGUGAUUAUUCAAAGUUAUAUAAACUGGAAGAUUGUAUGUGGUUGCUUUUUGGUUUUUGGUUUGUUUUUUUUAAUUGGCCCUUUUUUUAAUUUUUAUAUUCUCAAAUAAACUUGCAGUUUCAUUCUUUC